AAAUGCGACAGCGCCAAUGGCAGCAAAAGACAACUAGAAGAGGCGAGGAGGAUGACAGCAACAAGGUGAGAGGAGCACCGUUUGAAGUCAACAUUGGCACUGAUGUACGGCCAGAGAAUGCAGAGAACCGUCACGUCUCCCUGCGGAUUCAGCAUCGUAUGAGUUAUCAAAUUACUGGCAACUUUAUCCCAAGUUGUUAAGGUGUGCCUAAUUUGAUUUUGCCGACUUAGACGGAGAAGACCAUAUUAGUUCGGUCUUACGUAAAAGGUCCUGCAGUGCUGAAGUGACUAUGAUGCUCUGGCUGCAGUGGAGGUGAGGAAACAUGGGGUGGAAAUCUGAGUUGUCGAGACAAACGUGAUGACAGCAUGGUCCACGGUGGAGAAGCUCAAAAUGGAAAAACGCCCAUGCAGGGAAGAGAACAUUGACUCAAGUGAGGCCCAGCAUGCCACUGAGGAGUCGGAGGAUGGAAGCAGCUCCGAAAGUGAAUCCGAAGAGCAGAAACCGCAGAGAGUUCAGGCAAACAGCAGUAGCUGUAAAAGAAGGGAACCGCUGGCUGUCACCAAACCUCACCGUCAGCUCUGUCGCUCUCCAUGCCUCGACCGGCCUAGUUUCUCCCAGAGUAGCACUGUCCAAGACUUCCGUGAGGACGACACCAGCACAGCAUCAGGGGUUAAACCUGUGAGUGAAAGAGAGUACCAGACCAAGAUCGAGUUUGCGUUGAAGCUUGGCUAUUCUGGAGAGCAAGUGGAGUCGGUGCUCAGUAAGUUAGGAGCUGCGGCACUCAUUAAUGAUGUUCUUGCUGAAUUGGUGCGACUUGGAAACAAAGUGGAGCCUGAAACUCAGCCUUGCAGCAGCACAGCUGCUCCUGUAUCAUGGCCCCCGUGUGUUAAAGAGACUGUUAGUCCAGAAGUUUCAGUGGAAGAAGAUUCUGUGGAUACCUAUGAUAACCUCAGGCCCAUCGUCAUUGACGGCUCAAACGUUGCCAUGAGCCAUGGAAACAAAGAGGUAUUCUCUUGUCGUGGUAUCCAGCUUGCUGUUGAAUGGUUUCGGGAUAAAGGACACAAAGACAUCACUGUGUUCGUUCCAGCCUGGAGGAAGGAGCAGUCAAGACCCGAUUCUCUUAUCACAGAUCAAGAAAUACUACGCAAGCUGGAGAAAGAGAAGAUUCUGGUUUUCACCCCAUCUCGAAGAGUUCAGGGCAGGAGGGUGGUGUGCUAUGAUGAUCGCUUCAUAGUGAAGCUGGCUUAUGAUUCUGAUGGAAUUAUUGUGUCAAACGACAACUACAGAGACCUGCAAAACGAGAAACCAGAGUGGAAAAAGUUUAUUGAAGAGCGUCUCCUCAUGUAUUCAUUUGUCAAUGACAAGUUUAUGCCACCAGAUGAUCCACUGGGAAGACAUGGUCCAAGCUUAGAAAACUUUCUCCGCAAGCGACCCGUUGUUCCAGAGCACAAAAAACAACCUUGUCCCUAUGGAAAAAAAUGCACAUAUGGACACAAAUGUAAAUACUAUCAUCCAGAACGUGUUAACCAACCUUUGCGGUCUGUGGCGGAUGAACUGCGAGCCUUUGCCAAAUUAUCUGCUGUGAAGACGAUGAGCGAAGGAGCUUUAGUGAAAUGCGGUACCGGUGCAGCAACUGUAAAGGGGGACAGCAGCUCUGAAGCCAAACGCGUGGCCCCUAAACGCCAGUCUGAUCCCAGCAUUCGCUCAGUGGCCUGUGAACCUCCGGAGGCACUCUCCAUUGUAAGGAAGUCCGAGACAAAUUCAGUGCCUUCCCUCGUGUCUGCCCUCAGUGUGCCCACCAUGCAGCCUGCCAAGAGCCACGCAGCCGGGGCCUUGAACACACGAUCAGCCAGCAGCCCAGUUCCUGGUUCUCUGCAGUUUUCCCACAGUUCUCUGGAGCACAUGUCCAGCGUGCAAUAUCCCCCUAUUUUAGUCACAAAUAGUCACGGCGCCUCCAUCACGUACAGUGAACCGUUCCCAAAGUACGACUCGGUCAGCGAUCACGGAUAUUAUUCACUCCACAGUGAUUUUUCAAACAUGAGCAUGAGCAGCAUGCACAAUGUGGACAGUUUCUGUAGCAUGGAGCACGAGCAUGUGUAUCAGAGAAACCCCAGCCACUGCCCCGAGUCCUGCCUAAGCCAUUCCAACAGCGACUCCUUCUCCUCUUAUGGGGACAUGUACCCCAGCUCUAUGGACAGCAGUCUGGAGGAAAGCAUGAAGGGGUCACAGCAGGCUCCUGCACAGGCAAGGAUGCAAGCCUUCUCCCACGGGUUUCGCCACGAAGCACUGACUAGAGUUCAGAGUUAUGGACCGGAGGAGCCCAAGCAGUGCUCCCGGAAGCAGUCUGGAGCACAUCUAGCCCCACACAUCCAGCACGCUGCAGUGGGCGCCCGGUCCAGCUGUCCCGGAGACUACCCACUUACCCAGAAUUGUCUCCCACCUUUGUCCUCGCAGCCCACGCGCUCACUAGGUAUGACUCGAAUGGACAGUAUUUCUGACUCAAGGCUAUAUGACAGUAACCCAAUGAGGCAGAGGCGACCUCCACUGUGCCGCGAGCAGCAUGCAAGCUGGGACCCUCUGCCUUGUGGUAACGAGUCCUUUGGAUAUCACUCAUAUCCACUUAGUAACAGCCUGAUGCCUUGCUGCGAGCGCGUGAUGGUUCGCAGCAUGCCAGACAAGAUGGAACAAAUUUGGAGCUCGCCAUGGGAGACCCCAUCUGCAGCUGAGCACCAGGAGCAGCACGCCGUCCCGGACCACCAGUACCAGACAUACAGGAACCUGUGCAACAUCUUUCCUGCUUACAUCGUCCACGCCGUCAUGGAGAAAAACCCACAUUUAACGGAUCCUCAACAGCUUGCUGCAGUCAUUGUCACAAAACUGAGGUCCAACCACUGAGCAGCAGUUGAUGAGAAAGAAGGGAAGGGAGGUUUUUCUUUGCAGGGGUGGCCCCUUCUUCAGUUUUGCAGCUUUUGUGCACCCUCUGCCCUCAGGAGCUAAUUGUCACAGUUUUUUGGUGGGAGUUUUGGCGAUUCGGGUAUGCAUCACUGAGAUGAUAUACGUGGAAACCUUCAGCUUAGGGGACUUUUUUAAAUGAAGUAUGAAGCACCAGUAUUUUAUGGAAAACACCUCGUAACACAUUCAUUCUUCCUGAGCUUUAAAGCAUUAAUGGAAGAAAUUCUAAAGUCACUUUAACUUUUGGUAUCUGUACACUUCAUCCUAAGUUAUGUUCAGCAUUAAAUAAUGGAUUAUAAUUAAUUUAGAAUUUUGCAGGCUAUCUUAAUAAAUAUGUCAAUUAUAAAAAAGACUAACUUUAAAUUAAGGGAUUUAGUAUUUAAAAGCAAAACGCUCACCAACUUGUAAGACAUUUAAAGUCCCACUAUGAUCACCUUUUGAUUUAUUUUAACUGUGUUCUCAGUGGUCUAUUAAUUAGGAUUAAGCCGUUUUUAGCCAAAAUAAUACUACAACUGUAUAGGAUUCUAGGACAUCGUUUCUGCAUACUGCCCCCUUUCAAUUGUCCUUCUGUUUACACUCUUUCCUGCUAGCUUACAGCCCCUCACCCCAACCUAACAUUACCAGUGCAACAAAAAUGGCAAGCAAUAUUGUAGCUGUCCAUCUGUACUGUUCUGAUCGGAAGCUGUAGCAGCUCGGAAGAGGAAAACGAAGAUGAAUGUUUCGUCUACAAGUGGUUGCAUCAGAAUUGAGCGGAGCAACGAGCUUUUGGCUUACCAUAGUAGCUUGUGCGUCAUGCCUACAAGCGUUUGCUACGGCGUUCUUUUUCUGCCUGCUCCCAGUUCGCACAAGUUGAACAAAGAAAUACUGAGAAAUACAAUUUUAAUAUAAAUUUUCUCCACCCUGAGAACAACGGUAUUAAACAUUGAACCUUAUUUUCAUAGAAGUGGGAAAGACUAGUCACUUUGAAAUAUUUUUAGUCAAUCUAUCAGAAAUGAGUUUGUACAUUUUUCAUUCCUUAUAAUAUUUAACAGAGGCUUAACCCUUAUAUUGUGUUUGGGUCACAACAAGUGUGAAAUUGGGUCACUCUUGAACUAAAUGACUGAACUAAACAAAUUGGUUAACACGUGGUAACAAAAAGAAAAUCGCUCGGCAAUAUCUAGUUUAGUCUUGAGACUCCAUUCAGCAUAAAGCUGUUCUGAAGACGGCUCAGGCCCGGUGAAUGUGUUGUGAAAGGUAUCUGCAGUCAUGAACAGCUCUGCUUAGGACUGCCUCUGCUGUAAAUAAUCGUUUUUGUUUCCCUCUGUUCUGUGCAUUUCUUUCAGAAGUCAAGUGAGAGGGAGGUAGAUGCAUACCUCACAGCAUGACAAAUGACAUGUUAUGGCCUUAUAUCUGAAUGACCUCACGCUUUAGUCAUUGUCUGAUCGGUUUCAGUGAAAGUAGUUCUUAUUGAAACCCAAAUGUAAAGCACUAUCACCAUAUCUAAAAAGAUAUAUUUUCUCAGCCUCGCCUAGCAAAGCUACUAUUUUGGUAGAAUUUGUGCACAAAACGCAGAUUUGACUUGUGUACAUGUGCACACAUUUCUGUACAUAUUAUCAUACAAAAGCCAUUAUUCAGAGUUAUUGAUAAGCUGCUAAAUAAUGCCAAAAAAGAGACUUUCUGAAUUUCUGUAGUCAUAUUCCACAUAUUCAGUUUAGUUUGAAGGAUUCAUUAAAUUGAAGCAACAUCUCUAUUUGGAUGGUUUCAUACAGAUGUACAGUUGGAUUUCUGGUUUUUACAUGAUGCUACAUCCAGUAUUUGAAGAUUUAUAUAUUUUUCAGAUCUGUUGUGCUGUUUUUCAGGGAGAACAAAAAAAGAUAUAUAUUUUGAGCUCGGAUCGAGUUCCCCUUGUUUUCAGGGGAGGGGUUUGUUCAUUUGCAGCCUGCUUUUACAUGUACUUAAGUGACUUGAAUGCCUGAGGGCCUGAAACGGGCACAGGUGGAUUCGUUCUCUGCAUCGACAAAUAUUUUACCUUUCUAACUGAAAAACAACACAAUGGAAAUAUAAAUAACUAACCCUGAAGUGUGGAGGCAGUAAAGUUACUAGUUUUCAACACGAUAAAGAAGAUAUCGUCAUCCAUUUAUGCCUUAACGUGCUCCGACACUUACGGUUUCUUAUUUGCAUGUAAAUGUAGUGGAACUUUGAGAAUUCUUCAACUUUAAAAAAAAUAAAUAAAAAAAGGACAUGUGGUGAGAGAGGAACCAGACUGAAAUGGUGUUAGCCAUCCCGGUUAAAAGUUUGCACAAGGAUUUAUGCAACGGAUUGAAAAUUUACCAGAUGUUAAAUUAGUCAGAUGCAAUGGUCUGGCUGUAACGGUUUUCACUUUGCUAUGUGUUUGAAUAUUGUGGUAUCUUGUAAAGUGAUAGGGAUCAACACAAGGAGAAAAUAAGUGGAGUAAAUUGUGGAAUUGACUGAGUGAGACUGCUGAAGUCUGCAUAAACACACAGCGCAUGCAGGCAGUGGUGAAGGAGCGUGCGAGUGUUUGGCUGUGCCUUGCAGCACACUGCUCUCAGGAUGCUUUUGAUUUUCUAACUUAACGAGUUUUCCUGCUAGAAAGCAGGGACUACUAGCAAGAGUGUACUUUUAUCUAGUAGUAAUAUAUUUUGUGAACACUCUACAUGUAACAUGUAGUACCUUGAAGUUAACUAUGUAUAGUUAAAGUAUGGAGACGUUGUUGAAGAUCUUAGUACUUGUAUGUAUAUUCUUUCUCUGCACCAGGACAUCUUUGGAAGAGUGAGCUAACAAGUGGAAUUAAUGUCAGCAACUUUCAUUUUGGACAGGAUUUUAUGAAAAUGUGCCAGUGGAUGUUUUGAACUUAAAGUUCAGUCGGCCAAAGGACGAGCAUGUCGAUUAGAAACUAAAAGAUGAGCUCGCUUCCUUUAGCUGUGUUACAGUCGGGUUUGUAACAGUUGGACCAUGCUUUCAAUGCAUUUUAAAGAGAGAGGCUUAAUUGUUGAUGUGGUUCUUAAUAAAAAAACAAACUUUAGUUCUUUGUCCAAAUCUAAUUCUAUAAACUAAGCAGCAUCAGACUGUGUUUUGAUGACUUUUAUUAUUUGUAAUUAUUUUUUAGUGGCAUUACUCUUUAACAGCUAAUUGUGAGGCAGACUGAGUCUCAUUGGUGGCGCUUUAAAAUGCUCAUAUCUUUAUAAUGUUGAAGUACAACCGUCGUAUAAGAACAGACAUAAAGGGAAAAAUAAAUUGUUAAAAAAAAAAAAAAAAAAACAACUGAAUGUUUUUUGCCCAAGUAAAGUUUGGGCUUUGCUAACUUUGUUUUUUCAUGAAAAAGACGAGGCCACUUGAGGUCGUCUGUCUGUUCAUGAGAAGGUGAAACAAACUGCCUAAAUGUUUCUUCAUAUGAAACAAAUCAGAUUGCAAGGCUGCUGUCAAGGUUGCUUCUGGCAUUUGGCUUAAAGUUUGCGUGCCAUCGUUUUUGGUUUUUCCCUUCAGACUGCUGAACGACCAGAGUUCUGCUGCUGAGAAGCAAAACCAAACUCAACAUUUGGAAACUAAUCUGAACCCGGGAUGGAUUUGUUGCUCACUUUGUGUUCUUACCUUGGACUUAAAUUUCAAAGGAGCUGUCAUUCAGAGGCUGCCAGAAUUGUGGCAGUCUGGACGCAGUUUAGUUUUGAGUGUAAAUCUACUAAACAGAAAUGUUUUCUCUGAGCACCACCCUUCAUUCCUAGACAAAAGUUGAACUAAUUUGAUUUCUCUUUUUUUGAAAAUGUAACCCAAAAAUGCUUGAAGGGAACAAAUCCUCCUUUACCCUCCUUCCUGUCUGAAUGUGCCGCAAACAAAUAAGCCACAAAUGUCUAGAAUUGACUUUUGCUUGUUGAUACAAAUUGUAUCUAUACAUUGAAUGUAACAAAAUAUGAAAUGUACAGUAUGAAUAUAGUUUUAUUUAAGUGAGGGGGUGGGGUUUGGGGUCGAUGCCGUAACAUUCGUGACACUGUGUGUCACUGGGAGUAUACAGUAGUCCAUUGGUAUGUAAUUAUUCUUACUUAGUCCAGUAGUUAAUUUACAAGGACAACUAUGUUCUACCUAGAUGUGCACAGCCGCUCUGUGUGCAGCAGCAAGCCUCACGUCCCCCACUGUACAGAAGCACACAAAUGUGUGUGUAUUAAAUUGAUGGUCACACAAGUUGUUUGGAUAUUUUAGGUCAUUUGUGUUGUAACUUUGUUAACAGUGCAUCUAUUUCUUCUGAAAAGCAGACGUCUAUGCUAUCUAAAUGGAACUGUAAUCUCUGUGGGUAUAUUCUGCUUUAUAAAACAUGCCAAAGUUCUUUUCAGGCGGCUUUGUCAAACGGUGUCAAAUUCCAACAAAAUCUGUAUUUAAAAUAAUUUUGCAGACUUGAGAAGAUUAGGAAUAAAAAAAAGAGAAGGGACUGAGUGAGGGUAAUGGACUAAAGCUUCUUAGACGUGUAAUCCAGAUGAUAGGCUGAUGUUUACAAGCCGUUCAAUGUCACCUGCUGGGAUCUUCACUGUGGAUCAUUUGCGGAUAGCCGUGGUGGUGACAUGCUGACUGAAUUACUUGCCGUUUUUUUUUGCCCUCAGACUUUUAAGAGUGCAUCUGUGGGAGUGUUUGGCAGUUCAUUGAAAGACCGACCCUUAAUGUUCUCUUGCAAGACGUGUGUUGAUUUGUGAUUUGUUUUGGUAUGAAACUGUCCCCUGACUGCUGUCAUUAAGAAGAUUCUGGAUCUGAGACCAGUUGGCAUCAGAUCAGCUUUGUUGUCAUGACGAUUAGACUGACAUUGUCAGGAUGAUUUAUUGAUGAUCUGCUGUUAGCUAGAAUCAAAACCAAAGGGAUUUCUGAUCUGUACACAAUAGGUUUUCGUUCUAGUUGGUACAAGCGGGGGAAUUGUUGGUGUAUGCCACGAUAAAGGGUGCAUUUAUUUUAAAGAAACAACUGUACAUAAGCAGCAUACAGUGUAAUACUCAGGUUUAGUGACAAACAUUUUAAAUCUCACUUGGUUUUCUAAUACUGAGGGAUGCAGCCGUCUCUCUUUUUGAGUAGACAUUUGGUCUACGAUGUAAAAAAAGAACAAAAAAGCGAAAUGUAAAGCAUAUUUUUGUGUGUUGUGAUGAUCUGCAGUAAUGUAUUGUACACUGACUGGAAGGCAUUGCUUUUAUAGAAAUAAAAUAUGAUUAUUUGGGUCUGUGGACUCAAACAAAAUGUAAGUCUUAAUGACAAACUGUGUUUCUCUCCAUAAAUAAAGACAAAUGAAAACA